CACUGACGGCCUGGCGACCGGCCGGAUGCCUGCGGGUCCGCGCACCAGUCCCGCUUCAGUUGAAUGAAAGGCAUCGCGGCGGGAACGCGCGGCCGUGCUCUCCACGCACUGUUUACACGUAAAGAAAAUAAAAGGCCCUUCCACCGCCGUUCCAACCCGCCUCGCUGUGCUCCGGCACGCAGCUCGCGUCGCGUCGUCGGAGAAUGAGAGGUAGAAAGUGAGUAAUAGAAUCGAUCCCCUCGCGCUCCGAUACGUUUUUUGCAUGCGCGCAAUUUCGACGCCGGUGGCGUAAAAAAGAAAAAAAACGUGCGGUGCCAGUGUGCGUCGAUCCGUCACGCGGAUGGGGAUCUACGUCUCUCCUGCGUGCCGCCGUGGUUGACCGACCCAGAAGUGGACGGAAUUCUUCAGAAGAGAACCGCCGUUGGACGGCCGGAGAGAUCCACGCGGGGAUCGCGCGCGACCAGGUCAGACAAGAUUUCUGGAGACGGAUCUGACCUCCCUCGUGCUGCUAUUCGAACGCUGAUCGAAAAAACCGCCACGAUCCGCGGGUGCCGUUUUGCACGAAACGCGGGAGAUUUGAUCGCGAGCAGCCGGCGAUAACGCGCGAUGGGACGGCGAUAGCGAUGUUUCGCACACGAAGUUCAAAGUUGUAUCGAUCAGCCGGAAUGGGGUCUGCUGCAGUCUGGCUGGUCGCGGCCGCCGCCGCGAUAAUUUCGAUGGGAGCGACGUCGGCCCUCGAGGGACCAAACAUAUGCACCCGACAGGACACGUAUACGAUAACAGUGAAAGUGUCCGAGCAGCAACCCUACACCGUGCGAGAGAACACAUGGUGCUUCAGCUUCCCACCGAGAUGUUCCAAAUACAAAGUUGUCUACCGUACAGUCUACAAGGAACAGGAAUUGGUGAAACAAAGGCCGGUGGAGGAAUGCUGCAAAGGCUAUACGCCGACCACGAGCGGCGAUCGUUGCAUUCCAGUCUGCUCGAAGGAUUGCCGCCACGGUACCUGUAUCGCGCCUGACGUCUGCAAAUGCGAGUCGGGAUACGGCGGCCCGUUAUGCGACUACAUGUGCCAGGUGAAUAAAUGGGGCAGAGAUUGCGAGAUGGAUUGCAAGUGCCGGAACGGGGCCACGUGCGAUCCGUUCGACGGCAAGUGCAUGUGUACCAAGGGCUGGACCGGCGUGUACUGCGAUCAGAAGUGUCUGCCGAACCGCUACGGGCAGGAUUGCGCCGAGGAGUGCCGUUGCAGAAACGGUGGAAGCUGCCAUCACAUCUCUGGCGAAUGUCAUUGCGCCUCUGGUUACACCGGACCGUUAUGCGACGAUGUGUGUCCGAUGGGCAAGCACGGCGAGGAAUGCAAGUCGGAGUGCCGUUGUCAGAACGGCGGAUCCUGCAACCCCAAGACCGGCGAGUGCUACUGUACGACCGGCUGGACGGGCUCAGUCUGCGCGAAUCGAUGCCCGGAGGGUUUCUGGGGCAACAACUGCUCUCGAACCUGCGAUUGCUACAACGAAGGCAGUUGCCAUCACAUUACGGGCAAGUGCCAGUGCAAACCGGGUUAUUACGACGACAAAUGUCUGAAGAUCUGUCCCGAGGGCACGUUUGGCCUGAACUGCACGAGCAACUGCACCUGUGAAAACGGCGCUACAUGCGAUCCCACUAACGGCACCUGUGUAUGCGGUCCAGGUUGGACGGGCGAAACGUGCAACAAACGAGUCUGCGAGAACGAUCUGUACGGUCCCAACUGUGCGAAGGUCUGCGAGUGCGAGAACGACAACACGGAGCUGUGUCAUCCGUGGACCGGAGAUUGUUCCUGCAAGACGGGAUGGGACGGCGAGACGUGCGCCAGGCCGUGUCCCUUCUACACAUUCGGCAAGGAUUGCCUGAAUCGCUGCAACUGCAAGAACAACGCGCAGUGCUCGCCGAUCGACGGCACUUGCAUCUGCGCGGCCGGGUAUCGCGGCAAGGACUGCGGCGAGCUGUGCCCGGCGAACACCUUCGGGGAGGACUGCGCGCAGAAGUGCGCCUGCAAGAACGGCGCCAGCUGCUCGGCUGAGAACGGACGCUGCAACUGCACGGAUGGAUGGGUCGGUGUCUUGUGCGAUCGUCCGUGCGACGACAAGUCCUAUGGCAAGGAUUGCGAGGGCAAAUGCAAGUGCUUUAACAAUGCGGCCUGUAACCCGCAAAAUGGCACGUGCACGUGUGCGGCUGGUUUCACCGGCGAGCUGUGUCAGGAGCGUUGUAAAAAGGGCUUCUUCGGACAUGGAUGCAAUCAGACUUGCGACUGUGUCGACGAAAACACCGUGGAAUGCAACUCCGCUACCGGGUAUUGCGUCUGCAAGCCAGAAUGGCGAGGAAUACGAUGCGAAACAAAGUGCCCGGAGGGUCUUUACGGCGAGGAUUGUCACUCGCAUUGCGAAUGCAUGAACAAUAGUUCGUGUGAUCCCACGACCGGAAGUUGCGUCUGCGCCAGGGGUUGGGAGGGCCCCAAUUGCUCGCAGCCCUGCAAGGAAGGAUGGUACGGGCUGGGAUGCAGGGAGAGGUGCCCGAAGAAGAUGAACGGAAAUAUGACCUGCGAUCACGUCACCGGCGAGUACGUCUGCCGUCCGGGAUACCUGGGUCUCACCUGCGAACAUCCGUGCCCGCCCAAUCGUUACGGGCUAAACUGCGCGAAUCACUGCCACUGUAAAAACGGCGGGGAAUGUCAUCACGUAACAGGUGUAUGCCAGUGCCGACCUGGCUGGCAAGGCGAGUACUGUCAAACGCCCUGCACGGAGGGUACGUACGGCGUGAAUUGCACGCAGCAUUGCAAGUGUCAGAACGGCGGUAAAUGCAGAUCGAACGACGGCCACUGUCGAUGCCCGUCGGGAUGGACCGGGACCAGGUGUACCGAGAUUUGUCCUGAGGGCUAUUACGGUGACCAUUGUAUGGAGCCUUGCGAAUGUAAAAACGACUACUUCAUGUGCCAUCCAGCCGAGGGUUGUAUUUGUAGGCAUGGAUAUGCAGGUGAGAACUGCGACGAGCAACUGUUCUCCCGCAAUAUCCAAGAGAAGUCGGACGGAGGAUAUGGGCACAUUGUAGGAGUCGUAUUUGCGUCUGUUGUUAUAAUUGGCGUUUUGUUGGCCGCGUACAUGUACCAUCGUCGCAGAAUGACUGAUCUCAAGAACGAGAUAGCUCAAGUGCAAUACACGGCCGAGCCUGUACCCCCGCCCGAACGAAAUCAAUUCGACAAUCCCGUGUACGCGUAUCAAGGUUCCUCGAAGUUCGACGACGGCACCACUACCUUGCUGAACAACUUCCAAUUCCGGAAUAAUUUCCACAAAAACAUAAAUACCGAGAAGGCUAAAUUCGGCCUAAACAGCUCCACCGACGAUGAAGACGAUUGCAAAGGGGCGUACGGGCUGCAGUUCGACCUGAAGAAUCGGGACGCCGAUAUGGGAAAUCCAAACCUGAAUGUGUAUCACAGCAUCGACGAGACGGACGGCAAAAAGGUCGAGCAUGUCUACGACGAGAUCAAGCAGAACAACGAGGCGGAGUACGACGAGCUGAAUCAGCCGCGGCCGGUCAGCUGGAACAUAAAGCCGCUUGCGAAUCGAACGGCCAACGGCUUCGUGCCUAAAUCGCGCGACACUCCGGGACCUAGCAAAGCGGCGGACAAGGAUCCGGAAUUAGGUGAAACCUAAAGAGAAAAAAAGAAAAAACCUACGCAGCGUUCCUCGUUUUUCAACUGCCCAGGUUUGAAGUUAGAAUGGAGCUUCAUUUGCGCUCGCGGUCGCGGAAGACUCUGUCCCCUUUCUAAAAGAGGAGCAAGUCUGUGGUAUUACUUUUAUCAUUUAAGCAAAGUAAGCCUUUACGGUAAUUAUUACCGGUUAAUUAAAAAACUAGUUUCGUAAAAAUUAUGUUGGAUAUUUUUAUACACGUAUAAAAUUUACAUUCGCGUGCUUAUUAUGCCUCUUUCUGGCAACGUUACGGCAGUAUUAGAAUGAAAAUAUCAAGUUCGUAAGUGAAACGAAAAAAAAUCUAAAAAAAAAUAAUCUUUUCUGGCAUGCUCUCCUUUUAAUAUUUAGCUUUCACUUUGAGAUAUCAUCGAUCUCUUGUCAUUUUCUCAUUUGCCACGGAUCAUCCAAUCGCGAUGAGAAGAUGAACGUCUCUGUAUAUAUAAACGUAUUCUUUUUAAGUAUAGUUUUAAUUAAAUUAUUAUAUAUCUAUUUGAUAUAUACGUGCAUUAUACCUACGUUGCCAAAACGGGCAUAAGUAGUUUAAGAAGCUGGCAAUGAUAAACAGGUGAUAAGAAAUCGAAAUCAUGAAUGGAGUUUGCGAAUACGCGCGAAGGUCUUAUAUUGCGGAGGAUCCUUUGUAUCUCGAUAUUAUUUUAUUCCGUUGUACGGUUAUCGAUAUCGCAAUAGUUAAAAAAAAACAUUUGAAAGGAUUCUAACAAUUGUUGAUACUGACGUUAUAAUUUAGCGUGUCCUAAAAUAAGUUAGGAACUGGCUUAUUUGAAUGAAUUUUAUAAACGCAAUGAAUUAGGUAAUUUAUUGCAUUAAAGUAUCAUGCGCAAUAAAAAAUAGGCGAUUACUACGAACGUGGCAUAUUCUUAUGAUACGCGAGGGAAAACGUAGGCAGUCUUAAUUUUCAUUAUUUGUUAUUUUAUUUUACUUAGCCGUAAUUGAUUAUCAGUUAGAUGCGAUCAGAAGACGUAUAUAUAAAUUUUAAAUAUCCAUUCUUUGUUCCUCCUUGCGUGGGGAAAAUAGCAAGAUGACACGGAAUAUCGUUCAUUCCGUUUAUCUUGCAAUUAUCUUGUGAUAUGUAAUUCUAUCUCUGGUGUAUCUUUGGUGUAUCCAAAUGUGAAACACAUAUUGGUAUAUACCGGUAACAUAUAACUGACGUUUAGAUUGAGAAAUAUAUAUACGAUCAUGUGUAUUCUAAGCGGGUAAAAAGAAUUGGAUAAAUACAAAUAAUGGAAUAAAUUUGUCAAUAAGAU